AUGUUUAACGUAGACACAGCGGAAGUCAAGGCCGCUUACUUGCAGCGAUGGCUUGCAUUACUACGCGAUAACUUUGGGUUGCAUCCAGCCUUUGUCCAUAUGGACAAGGAUAGCGCUCAAAUUGCAGCAGCAACGGCCGUUUGGACUGGCGUGAAAUUGUCUUUGUACUUGUGGCACAUGGAUCGAGCAAUUCGAGCACGCUUCAUACAAGGAAAUGUAUUUCCAGAUAUCCGCAGGUUCGCCCCGACGAAUACCUUGCUCCAUGUUGAAGGGUACACGCCUGCGUUUCCAGCAGUGUGGGUGCAUGGAGCACACGUGUUGGAGGAAAGCUUCUGUGACAAAGCGGUGCUGGGGCCGUUGCUAUCACUAAUGAAGUCGCAUUACAAGGCUCACCCAUUUAUGUCGAUGCAUGACGAUGCUAUGCCCCCCCACGACAAAUCUUGCGUGUUCUACAUCCGCGCUGUGGAAGAAAUCUACAACUUUUGCAAGGAAUGCAGCGCAUCAUAUCUAUUUGUGUACCUGUUCAACAACUGGUACUCAGAGAAUGAAUUCAAGCGAUGGGCGAGGUCUCAGUGUCCAACUGCAUUGGCGACCCUUCGAACCAGUAUGAUGGCCGAGGCGCACUUUAACUGUCUGAAGUAUCGAUUCUUAAAGGACUUUCAACGACCACGACUCGACCUUCUUUGCUUUAUCAUCGUGACAAACAUACAAGAAUGGUACAUCGACAAGUUCAUUCGUGCAACAGAUGGACGUAUUUCGUAUGCACUGCCGUCUUGGGAAUCCAGGAUGAACGCACAGUGGAAAGUUUUCGCAACGAAAUCCGACGAAGGCGAUUUGAAUGACGUGUACGACACGUCGGUGCUGCGUUGGACUUGUACCUGUCCUUCGUACGCCUACGGAGAAUUUCUCCUGUGCAAGCAUCUCGUACACAGAUACAUUCUAGCACACAACACCAAGGUGCCGCCGCGUUACAAGGUGCGGCAGCUAACGCCGCCUAUGUGGGUGUUUCCUACGACGAAGGACGAAAUGCUGCGGCAAGAGUGCACGAAAAAAUCCAUCGACAAAGAAGUAAACGCACUUAGUGCACGACCCGAACUUAACCACGACACUGUCUCGAUUCUGGACGACUCGCAGCUGUUGGCAUCCGCGCACGUCGCCCAAACAAUACAAGAACUGUCAUCGUGGCUCAUCCAGCAUGCAAGCGAUAUCCAGCACGCACCACGUCAACUGGCGAAAGUGCAGAAGUUGCUUCAUCCGAUCCAGGCGUACCGCAAAUCGAUCCUUGCAGUGAACAACAUGAGAAAACGGCAACGGACUAACCAAGCUUCGUCGCUAACAGUCAUGCAUGAACCACCUCAACAGUAG